AUGGGUUAUGGGACCAAUAAUACUGGUCAAGACUUUUUUAAUCGCCUGGCACAUCCAAUACCGGAUAGAAUUCCGGGUGAAAUCAGACGUGUGCUAAUCAUUUCUCUCUCCGUUGGUUCCCAGACUUACAUCUUCACGGAUGACGAGGAUGAGGAGCUGACAAUCAGGACAGGUCACCGAGUGAUCAAUACAAACUGCUCAUCGGCACACAGCCGCCAAGCCUUGUCCUGCAAGAUGGCCGCCGAGUACGAUGUGUUCAUCGCAUCGCAUCUGAAGUGGUUUUGCCACGUCGACGACGAUAAUUAUGUCAACGUUCGAGCCCUAUUGAACCUGCUGUCAAGUUUCCCUGCGGCGCAGGACGUCUAUGUUGGAAAGCCCAGUCUGGACCGACCAAUCGAAGCAUCUGAAAAGUUGCCAAACAAUAAAACGAAAUCUGUCUUCUUCUGGUUUGCCACUGGUGGAGCUGGAUUUUGUAUUAGUCGGGGACUGGCGCUGAAGAUGGCACCUUGGGCAAGGUAAGGGUUUCAACUGCAGGUUAUUUUGAGGAGGAUG